UACGUGUUGCUAUUCCUCUUCUACUCGCUGCUUAUCUCCCCCGCCAAGAAAAGGGGGUUAGUAAAUCCCAGAUCUGGAUCCACAGGGGUGGACGCCGGCAUCUCAUACACUACACCCAAAAAUACGCUUAAAUUUAUUUUUGAGAUCCCCGAGAUUGGCGAGGUAACUUUGGGGGGAACGUUCGCUUACCAUGGCCGCAGAAGAUGCUUUUGCCUACGCGCUGAGUUCUAACCAAGCCUGGGCCGGCUACAAAGGUCAUCAGAACCCCGACUUCUUCCCCAAAUUGGCAUCGGGACAGUCGCCAGCAAUCCUUUGGCUAGGUUGCUCUGACUCGCGCUGCCCAGAGACGACGAUUCUAGGCCUGCAGCCAGGCGAUGUGUUCGUGCAUCGUAACAUCGCCAACAUUAUUUCGCCGACCGACAUCAACACGGCAGCUGUCAUCGAGUAUGCAGUUGUGCACCUCAAGGUGAAGCACGUGGUGCUUUGCGGACACUCGUCGUGUGGCGGGGCCGCAGCUGCGCUUAGCGACAACCGCGUCGGCGGCGUGCUGGACAUCUGGUUAAUGCCUCUUAAGGCUGUGCGCAAUGCGCAUAAGGAAGAGUUGGAGAGCAUCACCGACGACAAGAAGCGUGCGGUGCGCAUCGCGGAGCUCAACGUCGAGGCCGGCAUCAACGUGCUCAUGGCCAACGCAUCGAUUCAGGACGCCAUCGCCGAAAGGGGCCUGCAGGUCCACGGAACCUUUUUCGACAUCGGGACGGGCCGCAUCCGCGACCUAGGCAUAGGCACAGGCAAGGGGGGACAUCACGGGCUAUCAGGCGUUAAUGGAGACUCGGACAUUGUUAGGGGCAAGCAUGCGAUGCUAGUUUUUAGGACGGACGGCGAGGGCAGCAUGCAAGCUCUCUAGACGGAACGGACGGAAGCAAGCGGUUAGGUACAAGUUAGGGGCGUUUAUACACUGGGAUAUGUGUGUCUUGUCUUGUCUUGGCAUCAGAAGAGCAUAGGAGGGAAAUGUCAUCUAACGGAGAGCGAAUAUGGGUAGUGAAUAUGGGGGUUUACUAGCGAGGUUGAUCUUAAAGAUACCCGACAGAAAGGGUCAUUUUGGCGGACGGCGGACGGCGUUCGAGAAACGGAGAUGUAUCCAAAGUUUCGAAAAGUCUGGCGACGGGUUUUCCGUACGUUAUUGGAAUAUUGCGAAAUUGCGAAAACAGCGUGCGAUUGAGCCGCUUUCUAUGAAUGGGGAUUUGGUGUUUAUUGGUCAAUGAGGAUUUAUAUGCCUUGCAUUUUAUAAUCGUAUGAUUACCAUGUGCUUUAAUUCCGAGUCUAGGCCGGUUGGAUUAUUGGUUGGUUGGUUGGUUGGUUAAUUUAUCUUCACCGUUCCGACGGGUUUUCUUCAAUUUGGAAUCAAUUCUUUCCUCA